AUGGAGUCACAGGCUGGGCUGGAGGGCUCGCAGGGCAGUACAGAGACCGCGGAGCCCGACGAUGACUGCAAGCCGAGGAUGAACGGAAUCGGAGAGACCACCGUGAAUGAACCUACUUUGCACCCUGCUAAUUCUACCAUAACCCUGACGGAGAAUGAGCCUGAGGAUCCCUGGGCACUGCCUAAACUCGAGGCUACCGGCGUCAAGUGGUCAGAACUGAACACUAAGAUGAGGGUGUUUCGAGUGCUGAGCACAGUGUUGAAGAUCGCUUCACUGUUUGGAUUUCUUUACCUCUUCGUCUGCUCGCUGGACAUCCUCAGCUCGGCCUUCCAACUUGUUGGAGGUAAAGCCGCGGGAGAUAUUUUCAAAGAUAACGCGGUUCUGUCAAAUCCUGUGGCCGGCCUGGUGAUCGGCAUCUUGGUCACAGUUCUGGUUCAAAGCUCCAGCACAUCGUCUUCUAUCGUGGUCAGCAUGGUGUCCUCUGGCUUGUUAGGAGUGCGAUCAGCCAUUCCUGUGAUAAUGGGAACCAACAUCGGUACCUCGGUGACCAACACCAUCGUGGCUCUGAUGCAAUCUGGAGACCGAACUGAAUUCAGAAGAGCCUUUGCAGGUGCAACUGUACAUGAUUUCUUUAAUUGGCUCUCGGUGCUAAUCCUACUGCCGAUAGAAGCAGCCUCUGGCUAUCUAUACUAUCUCACUGAAAUUAUUGUCAAGUCAUUUGAUAUCCAGAGUGGUGAAGAUGCUCCAGAUAUGUUAAAAGUUAUUACAAAUCCCCUCACAAAACUUAUUGUGCAGUUGGACAAAUCUGUAAUAAAUGAUAUAGCAACGGGAAAUCCAGCAGCAGCAAACCGAAGCCUCAUCAAAGAAUGGUGCAAGACCACAAAUGAAAUGGUUGAAAAAAACGUGACUGUCCCAAAUUCACUCAAUUGCACAUCACCCGAAUUUUGUUGGAUGGAUGGCAAUAAUACUUUGACUCUGAAAAAUAUAUCAGAAACAAUAUAUAUUCAAAAAUGUCACCAUUUAUUUGUGAAUACCACCAUAUCAGAUUUAGGAGUUGGCCUCAUCCUUCUUGCAGGCUCCUUGUUUAUUCUGUGCAGCUGCUUGAUAUUCAUUGUCAAACUUCUCAACUCCAUGUUAAAAGGACAGGUCGCCACUGUUAUCAAAAAAAUUAUUAAUACAGAUUUCAAAUAUCCAUUUGGUUGGGUGACAGGAUAUAUUGCCAUUCUCGUGGGUGCUGGAAUGACUUUUAUUGUUCAAAGCAGUUCUAUUUUCACCUCUGCUCUUACACCAUUGGUUGGAAUUGGUGUGAUCAGUAUUGAGCGAGUCUAUCCCCUUACACUGGGUUCCAAUCUUGGUACAACCACUACUGCUAUUAUAGCUGCACUUGCCAGUCCAGGAGAAACCUUAGCUAAUUCUUUACAGAUUGCUUUGUGUCAUUUCUUUUUUAAUAUCUCUGGGAUCCUCAUUUGGUACCCUCUGCCAUUCAUGCGCGUGCCCAUUCGUCUAGCCAAAGCCUUGGGCACUUAUACGGCCAGCUAUAGGUGGUUUGCUGUUACCUACUUGAUUUUGUGUUUCCUGCUGCUCCCUCUAGUUAUAUUUGGGCUGUCUGUUGCUGGUUGGCAGGUUCUGACUGGAGUAGGUGUUCCUUUUUUGGUGCUUGUAAUUUUUAUUAUUGUUACCAACGUUAUGCAAACAAAAUGUCCAAGGUACUUGCCAAAGGUUUUGCAAACAUGGAACUUCCUUCCAAUUUGGUUUCGUUCUUUAAGACCAUGGGACGGAGUGAUACAGCAUGCUACAAUAUGUUGUUCCAAUCGGUGUUUUCGUAAGUGUGGUUGCUGCAAGAAGAAUGAUGAUGAAAAUGUUGAUAAAAAGGAAAAUCAGGCCAGAUCUUUGAAGGCUUAUGAUAAUCCAGUCAUUUUAGAGAAUGAGAAAAAAGAUCUCAAGACAUUCCCAGCUUUAAGUGAAACAAGAGUUAAUUCAACAGCUAUGUAGCAUUUGAACCACAGAAUUGCUUAAACAUGCCUUUGUAAAGUGGUGCAGUAUUUUGUAAGGUUUAACCUAUAUGAGUUCCUAUCACUUAUGGUAUCCUGAAUGGUUAGUGCCAUUAACAAAUUUUGUGCUAGAAGUGAUUCCUUCACCAAUUUAUACUGUUUUGUAUUCAAUUGUUGCUCUUAAGUGCACACCUUCAUUAUAGUGUAUACUAGACCAAGUGGGACCCAUUGGG